AUGCUCACCUUUCCAAUUGUGAAGAAUGCAUUAAAAAAUAGCAGCUUAUUUGCAAAAGAGCCUCUAUGUAUGCUAAAUUACCAAAAUGUUCGUAAUAUGUCUUUACUUGGGACUUUAAGGCCUUCAGAAGGCUCCACCAAAACAUUUAAGAGAGUUGGGCGUGGUCCUUCAAGUGGUAAAGGUAAAACUUCCACUAGAGGUCAGAAGGGUCAAAAGGCCCGUGGUAGUGUAAAACCGUGGUUUGAAGGUGGUCAAACUCCAAUCUAUAAAUUAUUCCCAAAAAUUGGUUUCACAAAUGUUAAUGCUAGACCAAUGAAUGAAUUGAAUUUAAUCAGAAUCAAAGAGUUUCAUGAAAAUGGUAAAUUAAAUUUAGAAGAAGGUGAAGUUUUAACGAUGAAAAAAAUGAAAGAUCUAGGUCUUAUCACGGGUCCUAUUAAGCAUGGUGUCAAAAUUUUAGGUAGAGGUUGUGAGGAUUUUAACGUUCCUAUCAAGAUUGAAGCUUCCAGAGCUAGCGACAGGGCAAUUAAGGCAAUUGAAAGUGCCGGGGGUGAUUUUACUGCAAGGUAUUUCAGUGAUUUUGGCUUGAAGGCACAUUUGAGUCCUUCUUGGUUCUUAAAUAAAAGAGGCAGAAUUCCAUUACAACCUAGACCAACAAGAAGAAAGGAUAUCGAAUAUUACAGUAAUGAAGAAAACAGAGGUUAUUUAAUUAAAGAAAAUGAUUCCUUACUACAAAAAAUUAAAGAGGUUAAGGAAAGUAAGAAUUCAGCUGGUGGACGUUUAGCCAAAGAUAAGAAAAACAAUGCUUUAGAAUUACAAUUGCAAAACUUGAAUACAUUUGAUCCUACCGUUUCAACUACAGAGAACUCGGGUAUAGUCAAAAGUUCUGAGUUGAAAUAA